AUGGCAAAGUCGAAACCAUUCCUCAGUACCGAGCUGCGUCUCUUAACAGUAAAUUGGAACUCUACGUUACUGGCAACAUUGCCAUCGGCCACGACAACCCUUCUGGCGGGGGCUCGCAACCCAUUUGGCAUUGCGUUUUCGUCCGCGGGGGGAAAGUGGACCCCUGAGUUGUGCAAAGCCGACUCGGACAACGACGGCGCCACCAACGGCGAAGAGCUGGGUGACCCUUACUGCACGUGGACUGUGGGCUCUUCGUUGGUGUCUGGAAUCAAAGCCACGUCCCCUGUCCUGGCACAGCCGACAAGUUCACCCCGGACCCGCUGA